AAAGAAGGAAAUUUCCCAGAAUGGUAUUCUCAAAUUGUAGUUCAAUCAGGAUUGAUUGAAUAUUAUGAUAUCUCAGGAUGUUAUAUUUUAAAACCAUCUGCUUAUGGAAUUUGGGAAAAUAUCCAACAUUUUAUUGAUGUUAGAAUUAAGAAAAUGGGAGUUGAAAAUGCAUAUUUCCCAUGUUUUGUUUCACAAGCUACUCUUAAAAAAGAAGAAGAUGAAUUAAAUGGAUUUACACCAGAAGUUGCAUGGGUUACUAAAUCAGGACAAUCUGAUCUUCAAGAACCAAUUGCAUUAAGACCAACAUCAGAAACAAUUAUUUAUCCAGCAUUUAAGAAUUGGAUUUCUGGACAUAGAGAUUUACCAAUCAAAGUUAAUCAAUGGUGUAAUGUUGUUAGAUGGGAAUUUUCACAUCCAUAUCCAUUUAUUAGAACACGAGAAUUUUUAUGGCAAGAAGGUCAUACUGCUUUUGCUACACAAGCCGAAGCAGAAAAAGAAUGUCAUGAAAUUUUAGAAUUAUAUGCAUCUGUUUAUGAAGAUCUUCUUGCUGUUCCUGUUAUUAGAGGAAAAAAAUCUAAAGGAGAAACAUUCCCAGGUGCAUAUUAUUCAUUAACUGUUGAAUGUAUUAUUCCAACUAAUGGAAGAUCAGUACAAGCAGCAACUUCUCAUCAUCUUGGACAAACAUUCUCUAAAUUAUUCCAAAUUGAAUUUGAAGAUGAAGAUAACAAGAAACAACUUGUUUGGCAAAACUCAUGGGGAUUAUCUACACGUUCUAUUGGUGUUACUAUUAUGACACAUGGAGAUAAUAAAGGUAUUAUUGUUCCACCACGUGCUGCACAAAAACAAGUUGUUAUUAUUACUCUUCACCAUAAAGGAUCUCCUAACGAUGAAAUGGAUGCUAAAGCUGAAGAAUUAACACAAGUUUUAAUUGAUAAUGGAAUUAGAGCAUUUGCUGAUACUAAUGAAAUGCAUAAACCAGGAUGGAAAUUCUCAGAAUAUGAAAUGAGAGGUAUUCCAAUAAGAAUUGAAUUAGGUCCAAGAGAUUAUGAAGGAAAGAAAGUUGUUAUUGUUAGAAGAGAUAAUGGUGCUAAAAGUGAAUCAAGUUGGGAAGAUUUAAUUACAAAUAUUAAAAAGACUAUUGAUGAAAUGCAUCAUGAUAUGUAUGAAAAAGCACUUAAAGCAAGAGAUGCACAUGUAGUCAAAAUUUCUACAUGGAAUGAAUUUAUGGAUAGUCUUGAUAAGAGAUGUUCAUGUUUAGCACCAUGGUGUGAAGGAGAAGAAUGUGAAAAGUGUAUUAAGACUAGAUCAGCUGCUGAAUCAAUUGAAAGAGCUAAGAGUCAGUCUGAUAAAGAACAAGCUAUUUUAACAGGAUCUGCUAAAGUACUUUGUAUUCCAUUGAAACAAGAUCCACUUCCAGAAGGAGCAGUUUGUUUCCAAUGUGGAAAGAAAGCAACUACAUACGGAUGUUUUGGAAGGUCAUAUUAA